AUGUGUAUCGCUUUGAUCUCGACCGCCCAUCCUGCCUAUUCCUUGAUCGUCAUCAAUAACAGAGAUGAGUUUCUUCAUCGCCCAACCUCAGACCCAGACUGGUGGCCGGAGUCAUGCUCACAUGUCCUCGGCUCACGCGACCUAGCCCGGUCUACUCACGGAACUUGGAUGGGCGUCACAAAGCAGGGAAAAUUGGCUGUACUCACCAACUACAGAGAAGAUAAGGCUUAUCAGGCCAUCGGACAAUACAGUCGAGGUUUGAUUGUGAACAGCUGGUUGACAAGUCCACCCAGUGAUCGUGGAAGCACUCAUAACUUUGUGCAGUCCAUGGUCGCGAGUGAAGAGGCUAAACAAGUCGGCGGUUUUAGUUUAGUGUGUGGUUACAUCAACGAGCCACUGGCCAUUGUUUCCAAUCGCUCCUCGGACAUGGACCAGAUUACUUGGGUUGCUGCGGAGAAAGACCAGACCCGAGGAUUGAGCAACACGACAGUGGACGAUCGAACGUGGCCGAAGAUCCUGGAUGGCGAGAAACUUAUGGAAUCAGCCAUCGAAGCUCAUUUUCAGGCGCAAGAGGAUGAGGACGCAUUGAUUCAGCGUCUGCUUCAGGUGCUUUGCAUCGAUACUUUACCUCGACUGCCAGAGGAGGAAAACCAGGAUAUUGACACUUACAUCAAGCACCUACGCAAGAGCAUAUUUGUCCCUGUCAUUGGGACAAAGGAAGAUGUCAAUCGCAAAGCGGAAGAGACUGCCGCGGCAAGGGUUGAAGAUGAAGCCAACCAAGCCCCGACAAACGGGGGCGUGGGACCAGAUUAUACAAGUGGUCCUUAUGGAACGCAGAAACAAACUGUGUUGUUGGCCACCCAUGAUGGCAGAGUGAGGUACUUUGAGCGAACGCUCUACGACACUGAUGUCAAUGCUGUACCCAUUGGGAAAGGCGAUCGGUCGUUUGAAUUUCAUAUCGAACAAUGA